AUGACUGGAGUAGGGGGUGAUAGGCGGUGCCUCGCGAAAAUCGGCCGAAAUGAGCAGUUCGUGGACAGCUCUGGUAUAAAUGAAAAGAAAAAGGGAGUAAAUAAUCAGGGCAUAGAUGAACAGUAUGUAUAUUGGGUAGCGAGAGAAGCCGUGCCGAGAGCAAUGACACUAGAAGAAAUAGAUUUGGAAUCAGGAAAAGAUCAAGUUUUAGGAAACGUAAGGGAGGCAAUAAAGACGGGAGAUUGGAAGAAGUUAGAAAAAUCCAGAUUUAGGAUAAUGAGGGACGAAUUCUGUUGCUAUAAUAACAUUGUUUUAAGGGGAACGCGAAUAGUCAUUCCGGAAGCAUUGAAGCGAAUAACACUUCAGAUAGCGCACGAGGGUCAUCCCGGAAUUGUGGCAAUGAAAAACAGAUUAAGAAGCAAGGUCUGGUGGGAUGGGAUAGACAGGGAUGCGGAAAGAACAGUAAAGGCGUGUAAAGGAUGUCAAUUGGUACAGGACACUGUAUCGCGACCACCGGUAAAGCGAAACGAAUUGCCCACAGGUCCGUGGGAAUCGAUUGCGUUAGACUUAAUGGGCCCGAUGCCAACAGGGGAAAACAUCCUAGUUGUAACGGAUUAUUACAGUAGAUACUUUGAGGUACAAAUUUUAAAAAGUACGACGACGGACAAGAUAAUAGAGGUCCUUUUUGAAAUAUUUGCGAGGCACGGAUUUCCAAGCACGGUAGUUUGCGACAACGGACCUCAAUUUGCGAAUGAGCGAUUUAGGGAAUGGCUAAGUAUUAACGGGAUUAGGAUCGCGCAUACGGCACCGUACUGGCCUCAGGCAAACGGCGAGGUAGAAAGGCAGAAUAGAAGCCUUCUAAAAAGGUUGAAAAUUGCGCACGCGGAAGACAGAAACUGGCGAGAAGAAAUUCAAAAAUUUUUAUUAAUGUACAGAUCCACACCGCAUUCAGUUACGGGAGUCACGCCAGCGGAACUACUAUUUAAAAGAAAAUUAAGGACUAAAUUACCGGAAAUAGAGCAAAGGGAAAAUCUAGACGAAGAAGUGAGGGAAAAAGAUGCCUGGGAAAAGCUAAAGGGUAAGGACUAUUAUGAUAGGAAAAACAGGGUUAAAGAAAGUGAUUUAGACAUUGGCGAUAGGGUAUUAGUUAGGGGGGAAAAGAAAAAUAAGCUUAGUACAGAAUUUAAUCCGGAAAGAUUUGAAAUAAUGGAGCGAAAGGGAAAUACAGUAACAGUAAAAUCUAAAGAUGGAAAGCUGUAUAAAAGAAAUUUGACACAAGUAAAGAAGUUUAUUGAUAUGGAUUCAGAAGAAGAGUCAGAAGCAGAAGGAGAGGAAAACGAAAGCGCACAAGAAGAAAAGGAAAAUUUAGAAGUAGGCGGGGGGAAGGAUAGACCUAAGAGAAAUCGAAAGGCACCAGAGCGAUAUGGGGUGUAUAGCAUUUGGAAAUAA